AUGUCAUCCUCAGCGCGCUACCAGCCCAUCCCCUCCUCCGACACCGACUCUCAUCUUCCCUCGGACCCCUCAGUGCCCGAAACAAAUACCUCUCUAGACGUCGACGCAGAUGAUGUCGACACUCACCGUCCCCUCCGCGCUUCGGUCCAAGCAGAGUUCAACCGCCAGCCACCGGCCAUGUGGAAGCGUCUCUUGCUGCUCGCUGUGAUACUAGGCCUCGGAUGGUUUAGCUUCUCUGUGGCUAGGCCCAAGCCGAGAGUGAUUUAUGCGCAGAGAUACUCCGAAGAGUUCAAAUACCGCCCCGCCGCCUCCCCCAUAAUAACCGAAACGCUCAAGGACGGCCGCCUCCGGAUCCGCGGUGCCAGCCUGGGCGGGACGGGCGUGCGGGAAGAAGACGUCCCCCGGAGUCCGGCGCAGAUUGCGCAUGAUACGAAAGUGAGGGUGGAGGAGGCGAGGAAGAAGGCGAGGGAGAAGGUGAGAGAUGCGAGGAGGGCGGCGAAGAAGGUCAGGGAUGAGGCGAGGGGGAAGGGGAAGGGGAAGAAGGCAGGGAGGGAGAUAUGA